AUGCCGGACGUCAAGCGAUAUGUUAAGCUUGUCACUCAUCAGAAGCCCAUCGAAGAGCCUUCGCCUAUGGAAGGCUACCCCAUGCGCAAAUGGAGCAUCGAGGUCUGGCUAUUAGACGAUCAGGGCAACGAGGUCCUUCCCACCGUCUUCGAGAAGUGCACAUACAAUCUCCAUCCCACAUUCGAGAGGAACAAGCAGGUCUUCAAGAAGCCCCCGUUCCGAAUCGACGAGAAGGGUUGGGGAGAGUUCGACAUGAACAUUGUCCUCACAGCCGUAGGCAAGGGCGGCGAUCACACUCUAGAGCACGACCUCAACUUCCAGUCUGAGCGCUACGAGGCCAAGCAUCAAAUCACUUUUCGCAACCCCAAGCCUGAACUCCUCGCCAUACUGCAAGAAAGCGGCCCCGUCGACGCCAAUGGUGUCCGCGGCAAGGAGGCAGCCAAGAAGAAGAACAGGCGGGACAAGAACGUUGACAUGGAGAAGCUGGCCGACGGUCUGCAGAAGCUGAGCGAGGACGACUUGCUGCACGUGGUCACGAUGGUGCACGACAACAAGACCAGCGAGACAUACACCAAGAACGAUGUCGAGAAUGGCGAGUUCCACGUCGAUCUCUACACCCUUCCAGACUCGCUCGUCAAGAUGCUGUGGGACUUUACAGCCAGCAAGACAGAUUUAUGA